AUGGCCAUUUCCACCGAAGCCCUCAUCGGCAUCGUCGCUGUCUCGAUAGCAGCAGUACCAAUCGGGAUAUCGGUCUUCAAAUGUUGCACUCGGCGGAGACGUCAAUAUAAUCGGCCCGAUGUUGAGAAUACUACUCCUGGUUUUCAUGGACAUCAAAGACCGUCUCAGCGUCCACAUGGUACUUUGGACGUAAUACGUCCCGCUGAGGAUCAUAUCGCAAUGCCGUUAUUAUAUCACGGAUCAGCGCGGCCCCUCAGGGUUGACACGGUCUAUUUGAACAUACAAGCAAUUGUUUCGCAGUCGAACGACACUAGUCGGUUUUCUACUGUCUGA